CGGCGGGGCCGCCGCGCCCGACACUGCCCCGGCCGCUCGCCCUGCUCCUCCUUCUCCUCCUCCUGUUCCUUCUCCCGGCCUCGCCAAAGUGUUUUUCCCCCUUUUUCCUCGUUUCGGAGGUUUUUUUUUGUUUGUUUGUUUUUUUUUUUGUUUUUUUGGUCUUCUUAGCUUUUUUUUUUUGUAAUUUUUUUUCUUAGCGUUUUUUCGCGCUGAGGAGAAGAAGUAAUAGAAAGUUUUUUGCCGAGUUCUCGCGGUUCUUCUCUCUCCUCUCCGCAGCCGGUGGAGACUUCGUUUCUCCGAGUUUUUACUUUUUUUUUUAAACCCGUCCCCGCCCCUUAGCGCCUAACUUUUUAAUUUCUUUUUUUUUAUUAUUUUUUUUUCGCCCCUUUGCUCCCCCUCGGCCACUUUCUCGCAUGAAUCUCCUCGACCCUUUCAUGAAAAUGACAGAAGAACAGGACAAAUGUAUCUCCGACGCCCCCAGCCCCACCAUGUCGGAUGACUCCGCCGGGUCCCCCUGCCCCUCUGGAUCCGGCUCGGACACGGAGAACACCAGACCCCAAGAGAACACCUUCCCCAAGGGGGACCCGGACCUGAAGAAGGAGAGCGACGAGGACAAGUUCCCGGUGUGCAUCCGGGAGGCGGUGAGCCAGGUGCUGAAGGGCUACGACUGGACCCUGGUGCCGAUGCCGGUGCGGGUGAACGGCUCCAGCAAGAACAAACCGCACGUCAAGAGACCCAUGAACGCCUUCAUGGUGUGGGCGCAGGCGGCCCGCAGGAAGCUGGCGGAUCAAUACCCGCAUCUGCACAACGCCGAGCUCAGCAAGACCCUGGGCAAGCUCUGGAGGCUGCUGAACGAGAGCGAGAAGCGCCCGUUCGUGGAGGAAGCCGAGCGGCUGCGGGUGCAGCACAAGAAGGACCACCCCGACUACAAGUACCAGCCCCGGCGGAGGAAGUCGGUGAAGAACGGGCAGGCGGAGCAGGAGGAGGGCUCGGAGCAGACCCACAUCUCCCCCAACGCCAUCUUCAAGGCGCUGCAGGCAGACUCGCCCCAGUCCUCCUCCAGCAUCAGCGAGGUGCACUCGCCCGGGGAGCACUCGGGCCAGUCCCAGGGGCCCCCCACGCCCCCCACCACCCCCAAGACGGACCCGCAGCCGGGCAAGCAGGACCUGAAGCGGGAGGGCCGCGCGCUGGGCGAGGGCGGCCGGCAGCCGCCCCACAUCGAUUUCCGCGACGUGGACAUCGGCGAGCUCAGCAGCGACGUCAUCUCCAACAUCGAGACCUUCGACGUCAACGAGUUCGACCAGUACCUGCCACCCAACGGCCACCCAAGCCAGCCGGGCCAGGUCACCUACACGGGCAGCUACGGCAUCGGCGGAGCGGCGGGAACACCGGCGAGCGCCGGCCACGUGUGGAUGGCCAAGCAGGCGCCGGCGGCGCAGCAGCAGCUGCCGACGCUGAGCACGGAGCAGGGCCAGCAGCAGCAGCAGCAGCAAAGGACGCACAUCAAGACGGAGCAGCUGAGCCCCAGCCACUACAGCGAGCAGCAGCAGCACUCCCCGCAGCAGCAGCAGCAGCAGCAGCAGCAGCUGAGCUACGGCUCCUUCAACCUGCAGCACUACAGCUCGUCCUACCCCAGCAUCAGCCGCGCCCAGUACGAGUACGGCGAGCACCAGGGCUCCUCGGGUUCCUACUACAGCCACGCCGGGCAGGGCAGCGGGCUCUACUCCACCUUCAGCUACAUGAGCCCCACGCAGCGCCCCAUGUACACCCCCAUCGCUGACACUGCAGGAGUGCCCUCCAUCCCCCAGACCCACAGCCCGCAGCACUGGGAGCAGCCCGUCUACACGCAGCUCACCCGGCCCUGAGAGCGGCCGGCAGCAAGGCAAAAACGAAAAAAAAAUUAAAUAAAAUUUAAGAGGAAAAAAAAAAAAAAAAAAGGAAUCAAAAAGCAAAAAAAAUAAAAAAAAUAAAGAAAGAAAGAAAACAAAACGAAAAAAAUCAGAAAAGCGCAAAAGCGGCAAGAACGAGUUGCCUCGGACUGGUUCGGUGUUUGAAAUUGAAAUGGUAAAAUGGUAAAAUGGUAAUUCCAAAAGACGCUCACGUGGAAGCUGGCGGGGAGGAGAGAGCGCCUCGAGCCUCCUGCACUACAGCAUCCUCCAGGACCCGCUCCCAGCCCCAAAAUUUGGGGCAGACUUUGCCAAGGACUGGACUUGAACUCUGCUUCUUCCAGCGUGGA